AUUACAGCAUAGAAGGUCCCAUGUAGUCUGAGUCACCUGUGUUUGUGGUUGGAGCAACUGGUAGGGUUUUAAUUUUUUAUUGUUUUAGUGCUCUGAAUCUACAGACUAGCUUUGCACUUGUAGCUGGAAAGUGUAAGAAGUGCAGCUGCCAUGGCUGUAUGGUUUCUAAUUACAAGACUAUUGAUUUUCUUGCUGAGUGGCAUGAACUAUUCAGUUUCCUCAACAGCUGAAACUAUAGUGCCUGAAGAAGUUGCCCAAAAAGCUUAUCAGUACUUGAAUGAAAAACUUCCUCUCUACAUCCAACAGAAACAGCCUGAAUUUACUCAGCUUUUAGAACAUAUUGUAAAGAACCCUACUCGGCACCAACCAGCCCCGAGUCCCAUUCAGCAACAGCCUCAAGCUUCUGUCAAAUUUCUACAUGAGUUGCCAUCACAAAAUGGUCCCCUUUUCAACCCCCAAAGCUAUAUUCCCCACUUACUGACCCUCGCAAAGCUUAGUUCAGCCAUUAAAAACUCUGAUUGGGCCAGCGAAGGAAAGGACGGUGCUGAUUCUUCUCGCAAGCCAAAUAAAUUUCACACCCAAGACAAAGUUGGUAGUACUACUUUGUCUGAUCAUAAAGAUAUUCCCUUACACUCAUAUGGAGGAACCCAUGAUUCCACACCACAUUUUCACCUUAGUGUUACUAUUCCUGGAGCCUAUGGUCAUCUAGACAAAGAUUCAUCUCUCAGACCAGAAAGUUUAAAGCAUCCCUCAGAUAAGAUGGAGCUAGCAAAAGAGACGUCAACUGAACAAAACCAGCCUGUUUUGCUUCAUAGACCAGGACACCAUCACAGUCAGCUACAUACUCAUGAUCCUAUCCUGAGAUACCAUUAUUCACAAGACCACCACCAUCAACCGUAUGGUCUGGGAGAGCACUGGCCAAACUAUCUCUUCCAUUAUGGUCUUGGACACCACAGUCAUGGUCCAGGACACCAUGGUACUCCAGACCACAGGCCUCAAACUCCAUCACAGUGGCCCAGUGCUCAUCAUGGUCCAGGACACCAUAGUACUCCAGACCACAGGCCUCAAACUCCAUCACAGAAGCCCAGCUCUCAUCAUGGUCCUGGACAUUAUGGUACUACACACCAGAAGCCUCAAACUCCGCCACAGUGGUCCAGCUCUAAUCAUGGUCCUGGACACUAUGGUACUCCACACCAGAAGCCUCAAACUCCACCACAGUGGCCCAGCUCUCAUCAUAGUCCUGGACACUAUGGUACUACACACCAGAAGCCUCAAACUCCGCCACAGUGGUCCAGCUCUAAUCAUGGUCCUGGACACUAUGGUACUCCACACCAGAAGCCUCAAACUCCGCCACAGUGGCCCAGAUCUCAUCAUGGUCCUGGACACUAUGGUACUCCACACCACAAACCUCAAACUCCGCCACAGUGGCCCAGAUCUCAUCAUGGUCCGGGAUACUAUGUUACUCUGCACCACAAUCCUCAAUAUCAGCCACAGUGGCCCAGAUCUCAUCAUGGACUAGGACAUCAUGGUACUGUACACCACAAACCUCCGACUCCACCACAGUGGCUCAUCUUUCAUGCCCCAUGACACAAUCUUGGUACUGUAUACCACAAAUAUUACAGCGGAGCCGUGUGCCUGAUCAAACUAGGUGAUAUCAAUUGCCUCUUUUUUUUUUUUUUUUUUUUUUUUUUUUUUUUUUUUUUUUUUUUUUUUUUUUUUUUUUCUCUUCUUUCUAGUUCUGCAUAUGCAUUGGGACAUCUGUGAUACCAGAGAUUUUAUUUGCAUUAAUAAAGGAUUUAUAUCUA